AUGGUGGCCGGUGUGAGAUUGUUGGCGUGCGGCCGACUGGCAGUCCGAGCCGUCUUCUCGGCCACGGCCCUCGAUUUGGGCUCCUCCAUCGGGCCCGAAGCGUUGGCCGCCGGAGCCGGACAGAAACGCGGAUUUUCGGGAAGCGCCGGCGCGUCGACGGCGAGCGGAAAGAAUGCGGAAGCGGCGGCGAGUUCGGCGACCAGUUCACAUGUUGAAAAUGUUAUUGCGAGUUGUGCUGGAUUUCCCAAGGUUUGUGUUGGCAUUUGGAGCAUUUUGAGCACAAAUAUGGUCAUUUUUGGACUCAAAGAACUCCGGGAAACUUGAGUUUUCUAGAUUUUCAGCUAUAAAUCUUGAAAUUUCCAGGUUUCCUGAGCAUUUUGAGUCCAAACUUGAUGAUUUUUGGGCUUAAAAAACUUCGGGAAAGUUGAAAUUUCCAGAUUUUUAUCUGAAAAUCGUGAAAAUUCAAGGUUUCCUGAGCAUUUUGAGUCCAAACUUGAUGAUUUUUGGGCUCAAAACUCAGGCUAAAAAUCCAGAUAUUUUUUCUGCAAUUUUUCAGUCUGAAACUAGACUUUCAGAUACAACUACACUCUAGUUUGAUCCCAAAAUCAUAUAUAAUUUCCAGGACAUGCUAAAUGGUCCCUCAACAGUCCUGGACAAAGGCGGAUAUGGUGAUGAUGCUUGGUUUAUUUCAAGGUUCAAGAAUACAUUUGUAGUCGGUGGGUUUUUGACUGAAAUUUGGCUGAAAAUCAUGAAAAAUGAUGAUUUUUGCCUUAAAGUUCGUGAAAAUUCACAAAAAUCAAUAAUUUGUAGGUGUCGCUGAUGGUGUUGGUGGUUGGCGUCGAUACGGAAUCGAUCCUUCCGCCUUCUCGCGUCGACUAAUGAAGGAGUGCGAAAAACGUGUGGAAGUCGGCGAUUUCGAUCCGAAAAGGCCCGAAAGUUUGCUGGAUUUUGCGUUUACAGCGACGGCGGAAGCGCCGCGGCCUGUUGGUGAGUUGGCAGCGGAAAAUUUGGGAUUUUUUGAGACCAUUUUCGCUUUGAGACCCAGAAAAUCGUGAUUUUGAAGGUUCUGAAGCGAAAAUUCAUGAAAUUUGAAUAAUUUUCGCUUUGAGACCCAGAAAAUCGUGAUUUUGAAGGUUUUGAAGCGAAAAUUCAUGAAAUUUGAAUAAUUUUUGCUUUGAGACCCAGAAAAUUGUGAUUUUGAAGGUUUCGAAGCGAAAAUUCAUAAAAUUUAAAAAAUUAGACCAAAAAUUGUCAAAUUUAGGCUCAAUCUUCAUCUGAAAUUUUUUUCAAAUUCCCAAAUUUUCAUAAAAAUUUCCCAGAAUUUUAGACAAUGUUAAUGAAAUCUCUAGCAGAUUUUGACCCGCUGAUCACAAUUCCAUUCUCAAAAAUUACUUAGCUCAACUCUGAAUUUGAGUGGAAAAGUUUGGAGGUUUCACAUGGCUUUAACUAGAUUAGAAAAAUAGUUAAAGCCCUGUGAAGCCUCCAAACUUUUCCACUCAAAUUCAGAGUUGAGCUAAGUAAUUUUUGAAAACGGAAUUGUGAUCAGCGGGUCAAAAUGUGCUAGAAAUUUUAUUAACAUUGUCUAAAAUUCUAGGAAUUUUUAAUGAAAAUUUGAGAAUUUCAAAUUUUUUGAUAUAACUUCAAACCAUUUUUAGCCUAAAUUUGACUAUUUUUGGUCUAAAAAUGCCUGGAUUUCCAGAUUUUUAGCUGAAAAUCUGGAAAAUCCGGAAAAAUAGGGCUAUGGCAUACCUAGUCUCAAAACAACCCAAAAAAAUCUUCUGAAUUUUUUUAGCUGGUCAAAAUCUACCCCAGGAAAAAUACGUUUCAGAAAAUUUUGAAAAUCUGGGCUUCACGUGUUUUUCUGCUUAUGCCAUUCUCCCACUAUCUCAAAAAUUCUGGAGACCUCCAAAAUGUAUUUUGUUUUCCAGGUUCCUCAACAGCCUGUGUUCUUGUCGUUCAUCAAGAACGACUAUAUUCGGCGAAUUUGGGCGAUUCCGGCUUCAUGGUUGUGCGAAAUGGUAAAGUUAUAUCGAAGAGUCGCGAACAGGUGCACUAUUUCAACGCGCCAUUUCAGCUCACUUCACCUCCAGAUGGUGAGUUUUUUGUUUGAAAAAUUCGGAAUUUUUUGAGUCUAGAAAAGUCUAGGCUUGAAAAUUGCGUGCUGAAAAUCAAGUUCCAGCUCGAAAAUUCUUAUUUUUCAAGCCUGGGCUCAAAAAAUCCGUAUUUUUACAGUUUAAACGAAAUUUUGACCGAAAAUUCUGAAUUUCAGCCUUAUUCCAUCUAAAAAUCAAUAAUUUACAUCAAGGACCUAGAAAAUCGUGAUUUUUGAGGUUUCGAAACAAAAAUUCUUCAAAUUUCAUGAAUUUUCGCUUCGAAACCUCGAAAAUCACGAUUUUCUGGGUUUCAAAGCGAAAAUUCAUAAAAAUUAACGAAUUUUCGCUUUGAGACCUCAAAAAUCACGAUUUUCUGGGUCCUAGGAUGUAAAUUAUUGAUUUUUCGAUGGAAUAAGGCCGAAAUUCAGAAUUUUCGAUCAAAAUUUCGUUUAAACUGUGAAAAUACGAAUUUUUUGAGCCCAGACUUGAAAAAUUAGCAUUUUCGAGCUGAAACUUGAUUUUCAGCACACAAUUUUUCAAGCCUAGACUUGUCUAGACUCAAAAAAUCCCAAAUUUUCAAGCCCCCGACGUUUUAAAACCCCAAAAAUCCCAAUUUUUCUCUAGGCUAUCAAAAUUUCAUUGGCGAUAAGCCAGAAAUGGCGGACCGUGAUGAGUUGGAUGUGAAAAAAGGUGAUAUCAUUAUUUUGGCCACCGAUGGAGUUUGGGAUAAUUUGAGCGAGACCCAGGUUUUGGAACAAUUGAAAAGUUUGGAUGCCAAGAAGCGGAAUGUUCAAGAGGUUGGUGUUUUUUUGGGGGAAAUUUUGGAUUUUUAGAGCCUAACGGGCAAUUUCUAGCAUUUUUUGGGCCUAGGCUUGUUUAGGCUCAAAAGUCUGAAUUUUUUGGGCCUACACAAGCCUAGACUCGGAAAACGCGAAAUUUCUAGCAUUUUUUUGGGCCUGGGCUUGUUUAGGUCCAGAAAAUCUGGAUUUUUUGGACCUAAGCAAGCCUAGACUCAAAAAACUAGGAAUUUUGAACUGAAACUAGAUUUUCACCUCGAAAUUUCUAGUUUUUUGAGCUGAAAAUUCAAUUUCAGGUCAAAUUUCCUGGAUUUUGAUCACUAAGUUUUUCCCUUUGGUUUUUUAAAAGUUUCCCCCGUAAAAAAUCAAGGAUUUUUAUGGGUUUUCGGGAGAAAAAUAAUUAUUUUUGUUGUGGGAAAAUAGGAUUUUUAAGAAUUUUAUUUGUAAUUAAAAAUUGGGCGAUAGAAAUUACGAUUUUUAAAAGGCUAAACAGGAAAAGCCUUGAAAAUUUGGGAAUUCGGGCUAAAUUAGGCUUUGAAAAAGCCUGGGCUUGUUUAGACUCGAAAAACUGGAUUUUUUGAGUCUAAACAAGCCUAGACCCGGAAAAUCCAAGAAUUUCAAGCCUGAAUUCGAUUUUCAGCACAAAAAUGUGCAUUUUUCGAGCCUAGGCUUGUUUAGGCUCAAAAAACUCGAUUUUUUGAAUCUAAACAAGCCUAGAUUCGAAAAUCUAGCAAUUUUCAGCCCAAACUCGAAGUUCAGGGCUUCUUUAAACUCAAAAAAUCCCAAAUUUCAGGUGUGCAACUCAUUGGCUCUCACCGCCCGUCGCCUCGCCUUCGACUCAAAUCACAAUUCACCAUUCGCCAUGAAAGCCAAAGAGCACGGCUUCUCGGCUCCAGGCGGAAAACCCGAUGACAUCACUUUGGUUCUACUGCUCAUCGCCUAA